CACGAUAUCUUUCCUGCAAGAUCAGUUCUUCAGUUUGACAUCUUUCAGAAACAUACACACACAUACACACACACUCAAGAUGUUCUCUAGAUCCAUACUAACAAAAUCUAGUCUCCUGAGAGUGCAAGCUUUCAAGAGAUUUAAUUCAACAUCAGCAAAGUACGGAUUACCAAAAUUUUUACCAGAUGCUGAAAAGCAAUUUGGCAUCAAAACCCCAGAAAACUAUGUGCCACCACAAUACAGAGACCCAUAUGCUAAAUAUGAUGAUCAGCAAAAUAGAGUCAAUUUCGGUGAAGAGAUCCACCCAUACCAUGAUUACAUGGAUAUGUGGUCUCCGGACCAUUUUCAGACAGUUAAAGACCACGUUGCAGUGAGAGAACUUUCGAUUUUCUUUGGUCUAUUGGGUUUGUUUGCAUACAGCAUCUACGCUUUUGAUAUCUGGCCUGAAAGACCGAACAUGCCUAGAUCUUACCCAUACGAAGGUUUAUACAAAGACUUGGGCGGUAGAGAAGGCGAACAGUCAUUAAUGCAGGCCAGAGUUGACAAAGGGAAUUGAUUAAGAGGUUGAUUGGAUUGAUCAGCUAUAUCAUUUUACUCUGUUACACUACUAUUAUUCUUCCAUUAUUGGCAACUUUGCAAAUGAGAAAUCGGCACACAUAGCUGUUCUUACAGUCCGAUCGCCAUUUUCAAUAACAUUUUGUCACACUAUAUAAAACAUAUAAAGGAGACUACUUUUUAUAUGCCCACCGACUAUUUAUUCAUAUCUCGAUAAAUCUUAUUUAUUCGUUCUUCAAACAUAGCAGAUUUCAAGAAAAUGUUUUUGAAAUGAAAUUUGAUUUAAUUUUAAUUAAAAAGAAGGAAACGAUAUAUAUAAAGAACUGAAGGUUUUUUGUCAGUAUAUAGAACUCAAAGUAUAAUUUGAAUUAACAC